CGCGAGAGCACCUGACUGUACUAGUGUAGUAGCGUGUUGUAGGCGCACCGCGCCUGCCGUAGCCGUACUGUCAGAGAAGUCUCAAGUCAGUGCCCACAGCGCAGAGAACAGUAGCAGCAGCGUAUCAGCCACAAGUACAGCAACAACAAUCGUGAUCACUCGCUGCGCGACGUCGUCGUCGCCGCCGGCGAGUAGCAGCAGUCGUCCGCCCCGGAUCAUCCGAGCCGCGCAAUUAUGCACCAGCGGUCGUGCACAUCGUUAUCGCAAGGCACGCGAGAAGCCUCCAGAAUCCAAAGAUGAAUAUUUCUUUCUACGGAAUUGCUGGAGCAAUAGUUAUCUUGCUCUUUGCCAUCUUCAGUUUUACAACAUUUCUACGACUUUAUUCAUGCAUAAUUGUUCUAUUGUUAGGAAUUGUAACCUGUGUAUAUAGAAAAAAUUCUUCUAAACUUGAAGAUGAAGUUAAAGCUGGAAGGGAGAACCUGUUUCAAAAAACAGAGAAGCUGCGACAGCAACUUCUGGAAGAGUCGAAGAAAAAGGUGACAUUUACUUUGGACAGGAGAGUUACUGGCAGUCAUAUCAUUGAUGAGUCGCUGCAAGAAAUAUUAGACUUUGUCCUGAGAGAUUAUAUUGAACCCUGGUAUAGUGUUCUUACUAACGAUGAAGAAUUUACCAAAUCUGUUAGAGACACUGCCCAAAAAAUUGCCAUUAACAUAGCCAACAGAGUGAAAGAUGUUGACUGGAUUCCGUACCUCACUACAAGACUUGUAGAUGAUGCUGCUUCACACAUGAGGCUUUAUAGACAAGCUAGAGCAAAGGUGAAACAUGUAAAAUCUAUGCAACCUCAAAAAGGUAGUAGCAGUUCCAGUAAUUCUGGAGGCACGCCUAAGAAAACUCCAACCCACAGAAGGAAUAAGAGCGAGACGGACGUUUUUUGGUAUUCACAGUCAAAGUUUUACAUUCCUAAUUUAUCAGCAUUAAACGAACCUGCGGAAACCAAUGGAGAAAAGGAUACCGAGUCACUGGAGAAAAUAUUCUUCGAUUUGGAAGUGCAGAUGGAAAAUAAUCUAAUUUGUCGAGAUUUGGUUUGUACUGACAAAACUCAAGAGUUAGCGUUCCUGGGAGAGAUUUCGGAAAUAUUGCUGUAUCUUCUAUUGCCAAAGUCUGACUUUGAUUGUCUGACUGUUCGAUUCAUUUUGAGAGAACUUUUAGUGAAUAUCAUCAUAAGACCUUUGCUUGAUCUAUUCUCAGACCCUGAUUAUAUUAAUCAGGCUUUUAUAUGGCUGUGUACAAAAGAUGCCACUUUGCCGAGUGACGUAUUUCUUACCAUCAUAAGAAUGACGGAUAGCUUAGAGGAAUUAACUGCCACAAAAAAUAUUGUUUGCAAAGAGAUAGCUCAUCUGCGUUCGAAAGAUUCCGGUGGCGAGGACGACCUGAUCGUCAAGCAACAACUCAACAGUUUGUUGUAUGUCAAGAAAAUCUUAGAAAGUCGUAUUAUCAGCAUGAAGGAGGGUUUAGAUGCCUCAGAAAACGAUGGAAUUGGUCCUAUUCCCGACUGGAAUCGACUGCUAGUGCCGGGACAUAAAAUAGUUAAUUUGCCCUUGGACGAACUGCUGAAGAAUAACAUAGCGCUAAGCUACUUUAUUGAUUUCAUGACAAACAUUAAUGCCGAAGCUUACCUUUAUUUCUACUUGAACAUCUACGGCUGGCGAGUUUCGGCCGAGCAGCAGAUCUCUGACAUUGAGUUGCAAAAAUUGCAAAACUCUCAACCUGGCUCCUCGUCGUCGUCUAAUCUGUUGAAGAAAAAACACGUGGAUCUCGAAAACUUAAAGGAAGCCGCGGCGAAAAUCCAUCAACAAUAUCUCAGCGAUAAAGCUACUUCAAAGCUUCAGUUGGAUGACACUCUGGUGAAGGCGCUAUUGACUCGAAUGAAAACCGAGCACGUGAAAGAGACAUGGUUCGACGAACUGCAAGCUUGCUGCUACGAAAAGCUUCAAAACGAGGACAGAUUUUUGCCUGCAUUUAAGAGAUCUGUUUCAUACGUGAAACUACUGGCUGAAUUGGAUUUGUUGAAAGAUCCGGCAUCAGAGGAUGACUCAAAGUCACUUGACAGUAUUAGCCUGUCGAGUAUUAACAACGAGUUGGAUACCCUUGAGGAACACAUCGAGUUGCAGAGAGACAGCGAAAAGUCCAAAAGUGAUGUAAAUAUUCUCAUAGCAUCGUCAAUCAAUCGAGAAACAAAAAGUAAAUCAAGUUCAUGCGAUGAUCUUGACGGUGGCGAGGCUUCGGGUGACAGUCGUGAUGACAAAUCACAGUUUCGACAGCCAGCGAUUGAAGCAGAUCGUAUCAGUGAAGGCAAAGACGUUAGCCUUUACAUGGAAACGAUUAGCGAACAGUUUCUUAAACUUGACGAGAGCGGCUACGACCCGAACGUCAUCAAGAAGCUGCAGCAGGGUCGCUUUGAGCUUACCGUCGAAAUAAUCGAAACGGGGAUCGUAAGUGAUAAGGGCAAAACUUACGGAAUCUACGCUGUGGCCGUCACAAAGGUCUACGAUUCGGGUUACCAAGAAAAGUGGCACAUCUACAGAAGGUACUCCGACUUCUACGAUCUGUAUCAGAAGAUAAAGGAGAAGUAUUAUGAUCUGGCGAAGAUAGCGUUUCCGGCAAAAAAAGCGUUUCACAACAUGGACAGGGCUGUGCUAGAAAAGAGAAUGAUAAUGUUGAACGCGUGGCUAGUGCAAUUGACGAAGCCAGCUGUAGUGGAUGGACACAUGGGAUUGCAAAAUUUGCUACUGUCUUUUUUGGAACAAGGAGACUACGAUAAGGGCGUUACUGGGGGACAUAUUUCGAGAACUGUGAGUUGUUCGAUAAAUCGCAAAAUUGAUACUUUAGUAAAUCCAUUGAAGACUUCAAUGAAAACAGUGACUCAAGCUGUAAAAACUAUGCCUGACAAUAUGUUGAAUACAGUUGAUGGUGUUAUGGACAAUAUCAGUAAAUUCUUUGGCAACCCCAAGAAGAAUAGUGUGUUCUAUGAAAGCGUUAAAGUUGGAGCCAGCCUUGACACUGAGACCGAUGAUAAUAUACCUCUUAGAAUUAUUCUCCUACUGAUGGACGAAAUAUUCGACUUGAAAAACAGAAAUCAGUGGCUCCGGCGUAGAAUAGUAACUUUGCUGCGGCAAAUCAUUCGAACAAUGUUCGGCGACAUAGUUAAUAGAAGAAUAGUAGAAUAUGUAUCUUUGCUGACGAGUCCAAAAAACGUAGCAACUUACCUAAAACUGUUCAAACACAGCUUUUGGCCAAACGGCGUACGAGCCGACUCAAAGCCGCCGCGUGAUUCGGAGACAAAAAGUCGGACGCGCGUUGCCGCAAAGGUCGCCUUGCUCUCCUGCUUGUCAGAUGAGCUGAAACAUAUCAUUGGCAGCGAAACAACGCGAAGAGGACUGCUGCGCGUGUUUGAGCUGUUCCAGCGACCCGUGCUCAAUCGUAGACUGCUGUACGUGCUACUCGAGGGUAUUGUGGAGAACCUCUUUCCUCAAACUGAUCUCGUUACCACCUUUAGAAAGUUGUACAGCGUCUCACCUAGAGUUAAGAGCAAGUGCAAGACAAAGUCUUGAUAUUGGGACUAAAUCUAUUUGUAAUUUGUCAAAGACGGAGUUUCCUUUGCACUUCUUAAUGUUUUGUUAUAGAAUUGAAAAGUGAAUCACGACCUCAAUAUCAUUGUUGAAAAAUUAUUUUAAGACUGAAAAUUUCUUGCUUUUAAAGAUUCCUAACUAAUUGCAAAUUAGUCAUAAGCUAGCAAAUUUUAUACGAGAAAUUUAAAGUAUACGAUUUUACUGUCCGAAAUAAAAAAUAGUGUGAGUCAGCUUGUAAUCACACUGGAUUUUCCGUAAGAAAUGAACAGAGAAAUAAUUUUUCAACAUUGACACAUAAUUAUUCUGAAUUAGGUCAAUUUAAUUGGUUUCUAAGCUCAUCUCUGAUGUAGAUUGUAAGUAUAUACUCAACAAAUUAUAGGGACGAAAAAGACGUUAGUAGAAUUCUAUGCUUGAUAUUAAUGUAUUUCUAACGUCUCGAUUAACUUAUUUUUUCAAGAAAUUGAUAGUAAAUUAUAAGUGUAUGUUUUUUCCUAAGAAAAUUCGUAUGAUGUUUGUUUUCUUACGUGUCUCACUAAUAUAGGAACAAAUUCAGAAAAUAAUUUUUAACGAAAGAAAAAUUGGUCACCGUGUACGAGCAUCGAGAUUCGGAAUAAGUGGUUAAUUGCUUAGGGAACAAGUAAAGUUAUACUAAGACUUAAUGUAAAGUAAAAUAAAUAAGCGUUAGAUUCGCAUUCUGUUUGUCUGUUGUAUUCACUGCUGAGCGGUGAUAAGGCAGAGGCCAAAUGGUUAAUGUAAAGUGAAGAAGCUCAAUCGUCUAACCAGGCCUUUAUUGGGCUGAUGAAACUAUAUCGGUAUUACAUAGGAUAAUAAUUACUACUAAAUGAACUUCUUUGUGAUUUCUUAUAAAAUAGGGACGUAUAAACUGUUAACCGUCUGAAAAAUAGCAGGGGUUUAAUCAUACCUACUGUAUCAGCAUUCUACUAUGAUAUUACUUGCAUCAAUUCUUAUGUUACUGAUUUUUGUAUCAAAUCAUAAAAUACUGUACUAUGCACACACCUACUAGAAGUACUGAAAAUCGUAUUGAAAGUAAAUUUUGAACUAUUUAAAAGUAAAGAAAAGUAACAAUAAUCGAAAUGUAGAAAAGCAUUCUGGGUUCGGGAAAAUGAUUAUGAAUUUUCAUGAAAAAUACUGGUAGAUGACUACUUCGACCCAUUGAUCAUUCCGUUUGCAUUUUAAAAGCAGAUGUAAACUCGAAAGUAAUAGAAUAACAAUAUUCAGGAUAUCAUUUGCUCUCACAUCAAAUGGGUAAUUAUGUACAUUGAAUUUUUUGACUUUCUUUGUUGUUCAUUAUGAACGCUUAUUACGGUCACGAAACAAUCAGUGUUUUAAUAAAAGUAAGUUGUUGAAGUAACGUGUAGAAAAAUAGGGAGGUUUUGGUUUCGAGUGCCAUCAUAUGUGUGUUGUUUUCGUAUUCAUUAUUAUUUAAUGUAAAUUUAAUCAAAACACGAUUUAUGUUUUCGUCGAAUAUGCAACGUGCGAGAUUUAGAAAAGUUAUUUAUUUAGAAAAGUACUAAUAAUCGAAUUUUAAACUUGUUCGCAGUGAGUAAAUUAAUUGUUUAAAUCGACUAUUUUGAUUUGAAUCUUGUAAAAUUCAUGAUCUACGUAUUGACAUUCUUUAUUGGGUGCAGUAGAAUUCCAAAAUAAUAGUUUUCAAAACUGCGAAAAAGAUGUAAAUAACUACGCCAUUUUAUUUAUGUCUAUUGUAAAUAAGAAAGAAAUGGAAAACCAUCGAUUGUCCGAAUAGAAAAAUACGUAGAAAAGAAGAAUAGACUUUUUUAAAGUGAUGUUUCAGAUAAACAAUGCAGUUGUUCUUUAUUUAUACGUGUCGUACUUACUUUGCUGAUAUUAAUUAAACAUUUGCGAUACAUCGUGAGGACGUCAUUAAAUAAUUAUAUGCUAAUUCGGGCUGAAACAUAUUAGUGGUACCGGCACGCCAACGUAUUGUAAUGAUGAAUAAUGGUACAUUGAUGUCGUACUUGUGUGUAUAUAUAUAUACAGUAAAUUUUAAGUAAGGUUGUUUCUAUUUUGUCGUAUAUGUAGUCGGUGAAUAUAUAAGCGAAUAAUAAUCUUCUAUGUACGAUAUUUUCUAUAACUUUGUUGGUAAACUGUUAUUUUUUUCUCAUUUACUCUCAA